AUGGCAUCGGUUCAAGUAGCACCUACACGCAUGACCCUAACGACCUUUAAGACGAAAAGUGUUGGUGCGAAGAAAGGGUUUGAACUACUUAAGAAAAAAGCAGAUGCAUUGAAAAUGAGGUUCCAGGCCAUGCUUCGUGAGAUUCAAAAGACCAAGAUGUCCAUGUCGACAGAAGCGUCGGAGGCUUUUUUCUCGCUUACACAGGCACAAUAUGCAGCUGGUGAUUUUCGCAAUAAGGUCAUUGAAUCGGUGAGCACGGCGGAGAUUCGUACACAGAAUCGCAUCGACAAUGUGGCUGGUGUCAAGUUGCCAGUGUUUACAGAAGUCAAAGUGAGUCGUGAGAAGAGCGAAAACAUUGGUCUCGCUGGUGGUGGUGGUAAAAUCCAAAACUGUCGUGAAAAAUUCCGCGUAUUGCUGCGAGCAUUGAUUAAGCUUGCAUCGCUUCAGACUUCUUUUGUAACGCUGGAUGAAGCUUUAAAAGUGACCAAUCGUCGUGUGAAUGCAUUGGACAAUGUGACCAUUCCCCGUAUUGAGAAGACCAUCUCGUAUAUCUCGAGAGAACUUGAUGAGCUGGAGCGUGAGGAUUUUGUGCGUAUUAAAAAGGUGCAGGCAAACAAGCAAAUUAUCGAGAAAGCCAUUCUGGCCAAGGCAAAAGCAGCAGUUGGUACCAAGAAUACUGCCGCCAAUGUGGACGAUGACCCGUUCGCGGAUGUUGUGACGUCGGACCACGACAUUCUUUCCCAGUACGAAUUGUCUGCGGACGCCGAUGUGGUUUUUUAG